AGAUAAAGCAGACAGCCGAGCAUCGAAAAGACCAGCAGUUUGGUUCGGGUCGCAUCUGUCGCCGAAAUCGCCACAAACAGCAAAGGGAAGACGCGCCGAAUCGCGUGGCAAGAGGCCGAAUGUUGGUCCUGCAGUUUUGAUCCGAGCCCUGGGCCAAGGAGCGACCCUGAGUGCGCGGCACGAGCAGCCAAAAUGCACAAGCUGAAGAGCUCGCAGCGCGACAAAGUGCGCAAAUUCAUGUCGUUCACGCAGGCUGGUGAAAGCACGGCCAUCUACUGUCUCACCCACAACGACUGGAAGUUGGCUCAGGCUUCGGACAACUACUUCCAAAAUCCUGAAUACUACUGCAAAGAACCAAAAAUCAACACAGACAGGAGGAAAAUUGAGCAGAUCUUUCUAUUCUACAGAGAUCCCGCCGAGCCUGACAAGAUCACGGCGGAAGGUGUCGAAAGGUUCCUCAAUGACCUCUGUCUCUCCCCUGAUUCAAUCAAAGUGCUCAUUAUUGCAUGGAAAUGCAAAGCAGCCGUCCAGUGUGAAUUCACAAGGGAGGAGUUUGUCACUGGCUUGAGUGAUCUCGGUUGUGACACCAUGGAAAAGUUAAAGAUGCGCCUUCCGACCCUGGAGCAGGACAUCAGGGAUCCAAAUCAGUUCAAGGAGCUCUACCAUUUCACCUUUAACUAUGCAAAAAACCCUGGCCAGAAGGGUCUGGACCUAGACAUGGCCAUCGCUUACUGGAACAUUGUGCUCAGAGGGAGAUUUAAGUUCUUAGACAUCUGGUGUCAGUUCCUUCAGGAGCACCAUAAGCGGAGCAUCCCGAAGGACACAUGGUACCUGCUGCUGGAUUUCGCCGGCAUGAUCAGCGACGACAUGACAAACUAUGAUGAGGAGGGCGCGUGGCCGGUGCUGAUCGACGACUUUGUCGAGUGGGCGCGACCCCGGCUGCACAGAUCUCACCUCGGCACGCAAGUCUAGCAUCAGUGUGAGCGAGACUCGUUUCAGUGUGUUGCCGCCAAUGCUCCCGUUUUUAAAAGAGACACUCUGCUGCUCUCCCAGAAUUUGGACCCAAUCAAUCUACAACAAGUCUUUUUCUCGCAAUAUUCAACAAGUUCCGUUUUUUGUAAAUAAUUAUUGUACACACAGUGAUUGAUCAAUCGGUCCAGCGUUUUAACACCCGCGGGAAAUACCAUGUGCACUUAAUGAAAAAAGAAAAAAUAAUAAA